UGUGUACCGUAUUUGUGGUACCGAUAAAAUUGUAUGCUCCACUUCGAAUCUUGAGGAUGGCGCCACGUACAGCUCCAGACUCGCCGGAGGCUGGCACCAUGCGGAUGCGGAUGCGAUUCUUGGCCCCUUACUACGUUUGCAAUGCCAUUGCACUGCUCAUGUAUGUUCCAAUCCGCUAUCAACGCAGCAGUGAAGCGCUGCUGGAGAGAGAAAACUUCCUCAACUUACCACUGGAGCAAGAAAUUUUCUUGCUAGCGCUAGGUUCGUGGCUGCUGAAUUAUCGCAAAAAGGCAACAGCAGACGGCGUCAUCGCGCUCUUCUUCAUGUACGGCAAGAUUGCUGUCCUGGCGUCACUUUACUACUUGGACAUCACCCUGUUCGGGUGGUACGCGGUCGUCUGUUUAGUGCUGUUCGCGGCGGUGGGACAACCCAGAUACGAAGGUCCAUCCAAGAUAGCUGAGCUGGACCCUGCAGCUGUGGAAAAGCUGGUCAAAAAACCUGCUGGAUCCAAGAAGAAGGGCCCGCCUAACUCAUGGCUUGUUUUCUACUACGCCGACUGGAGUGACUCCUGCGUGGAGCACGAACCCAUGCUCGCUGACCUCUCGCUCAGGUUCGUUUGUGAUACCUGGAGUUGCGUGGUCUUUAAGACGAGAGCAAUAGAUGAACCCUUGCGUUGUGUGCCAGAUAUUCCUCGAGCACGCUGCAAUUCGGCCGGGUUGACGUGAAUAAGUGGUCGGACCUGGCUGUGGAGAACCGGAUCAAUGUGUCCACGUCGUCGUGGCAAUUGCCGACCUUGGUCCUUUUCCAGGACGGCGAAGAAGUCAUGCGCUUACCUCCAAUUGACGAGAACGGAAAAGUCACGAAGACGGUGCUCGACCGGGUAAGGACGCAGCGGUUCUAUUGAUCACAGCUUUGUAGAAACUGCCAAGGCUCUAUUGACGGAUUUCUCACCGUCUUGUAUUUGGUAACGCAUUUAGGAGGGCCUUAUUACUGUUUUCAAGCUCCAGGAGCUGAAAGAGGGCAAGCCGACGGCAUUUAAACCGAAGAUGAGCUAGGACAUGAUGUCGAUUGUAUCACGCUAUACUGAUUCUGAUCCGUUUGUUUUGUACUAAGGGAUUUUAAAUGGAAUUACUCUUGCGGGAAAACCAGGGCAAUAGCAGUACUUGUUGCUGAAGGAAACCUUCCUUUUUUUGAGUUCCAGGAGUGCGUAAGAUACUGGUGUGGUAAACAUAACGGCAGCAAUCAGACCAUCACUCCUCAAUGUACCUGACGCAAGCGCGUCAGCGCUAAUGACGUACAUGUGAUGCGGUGAUCAGGACACGCCUCUCAAAAACGUAUUGCCUUCCAUGCUAUCAACACGGGUGGAUUAAUAACGAGAAGCUGGUGAUGGCAAACCCACCAGCAGCCAAACAGCAUGCUGAUGAUCUAAUCAUCCAAUUCUAGGCCUUCUGAUGACG